AAUCAAUAUACUCUUAUCCAACCUAAUAAUACAAGUCGUCAUUAUCAAAAUUUCUCACGAAUACGGCGGAAUUUUCUUGAUACAACUGCAAAAUUUAAUAGUCGAGGUGAUAAAGCAUUGGAAGAAAUUAAAAGAUAUGAAGAUUUUACGACAAUUGCUCCAUAUGGGGCUGGUUCUGGUAUUUCUGAAAUAAAAUGUAUUUUAGCUGGGUUUAUCAUGAAAGGAUUUUUGGGUGGUCGUACCCUAUUGCUUAAAAGUGUUAGUGUGCCUCUGGCCAUUGGGUCUGGAUUAAGUGUUGGAAAAGAAGGUCCCGCUGUACAUACAGCCGCUUGUGUUGGAAAUGUCGUUUCAAGAAUGUUUGGAAAAUAUACUAGAAACAAAGCCAAAAUGCGUGAAAUUUUGUCCGCCUCGUGCGCGGCUGGUGUUGCUGUUGCUUUUGGUUCUCCUAUUGGUGGUGUCUUAUUUUCAUUCGAGUACUUAAAAGAUUAUGCAGUGACUGAAGCAGUUAUACUUGCUGUUAUUACAGCAAUAUUCGGUUAUCUUAAUAUAUUUAUGAAAUUAGACAUGACUGAAGCUUUGGGACUCCUUUUUGAGGAAUGUGAAGGGAAGAAACAUUAUGAUUAUGAAG